AUGCGACCCCGCGCAGUAGUGCUUUUUUUCCUGUUUUUGAGCAUCAGCGUGAUAAUAGCUGAGUCUAAGCUCCAACAAGCGGGAGCAGUGGACUCCAAUGACGAGGACGAUGAUGCUGAUGAUGAAGAUGAUGAUGAUGACAUCGACAGUUCUAGACCAGAAGUUGAUGAUGAUGGCAGGAUUUAUAAGAACCCGAGGAAUUCUCCUUCAGCAAUGUGUCCUAGGGAUGAAAAGCAAGCUGAGGUGCUGGAGCAGAAGUGUUUAAGGAGAUGCUCAACGGACGAAGACUGCAAGAGUAAGAAGAAAAAGUGCCGCUGCGACGGACCCUGUGGGAUGUCUUGCAUCAAGCCAGAUCGCGAGUGUCCAAUUCUCCAGCCUGAAAUUGAACACGGCAAGAUGACAGUCACUGGAAAUUUAUUUGGCGACAGUGCUCAUUAUCAGUGUGAUCACAAUUACUUCAUUGUUGGGCUUCCGGACAGAACUUGCCGAGCCGACGGCCACUGGAGCAGCUCCACGCCGAUUUGCACCAAGGACAGGAACUCUUUCUGCACUGAGCCUCCGAAGGUCAGCAAUGCCAAGCAUUACGCUCCCGUGGACCAGAAAGGAUUCGAGCUCAAUUCGACGAUUCAGUACUUUUGUGAUUAUGGGUACCAGACCACUGGGUUCCAGAACGCGAUGUGUUUUCUCAUGGAAGGUAAAGCUAGUUGGUUCGGGCCUGAUAUCACCUGCAAGCCUGUUAAUUGUAAUCUUCCACCGGAUAUUGCUAACGGAUGGCAUGGAGGAGAGUGCUAUACUUACGACUGCAGGAUCACUUAUCAUUGUGUGGACGGGUAUAAACUGGUUGGCAAGCCGGAGAAGAUUUGUUUGGCUGAUGGAACAUGGUCGCCUAAAGAAGUUCCACAGUGUCUCCAAGGUGGUCCAGCCCAGUGUCCAAUUCCCGAGAAUCCAAGGUACGGAAAAGCUAUCUCAACCUCCCACUCGUACAAUGCAAUAGUGUCUUACGAGUGCAAUCACGGAUACGUAUUGGUGGGAAUGACAACCCGUAAAUGCCAAGCUGAUAGAAAAUGGUCAGACCAAGCUCCAGUCUGCGAGGAAAUAAAUUGCGGCUCACCAGGAAUCCUCUACAAUGGUUGGAUAGAGAACAUCGAGCACGGAACUGGAUUGGGUGCCAGUAUCAUUUUCCGUUGCAAGGGUCACAUGAAGCUGGAAGGAAACACCUCCUCAGUCUGCGAAAGUGACGGCAAAUGGCGUUACCCUCUACCCAGCUGCUUGGCGCCUUGUAUAAUACCCCGGAUAGAAAAGGGCCACAUAUCCGUGGCUUCCCACGACAACGACCACAUCAACAACGUGACUGUCGUCGAGCACGGCGAGCGCAUCUACGUCCACUGCAUCGAGAACUACGAAUUCGCAGCCAAUAACACCCCAGUCACCUGUAAUAAUGGCACCUGGACCAUAAUUCCUUCUUGCACUCCAGCGCGAUGUAAGCAGAUGCCCAAGUCUCCGAAAAACGGAAUGGUAAUCGCUCCCAAAAUGAACCAUGGCAUGAAAGCGAUCUUCAAGUGCAAGGACGGGUUCACCCAGAUUGGCGGCGGACCCUACAAUUCAUCUUUUCACGUGGAGUGCCAUUACGGGACCUGGAUUGGAGAUAUCCCUCAUUGCAUUGAAGUCUACUGCGCUUUUCCUGGCUACGUUCCUAAUGGGAAAGUCCUCCUGGUUGGCAAUAUGGGUGUUUAUGAUUAUCGUCCGUACGUCAAGAAAGUCCCCAAUAACAAGCAAAUCAUGUACGACUGUGAUAAAGGAUAUGUUUUGAAUGAAGGACCAACUGGAGCGACUUGUGUUGGCGGGAAUUGGAGCCCCAAGGAGCUUCCUGUGUGUGUUCCUGGGCAGCAUCCGCGGAUUCGUUGGAGCAGAAGAAGAAGGUCCCUUGAUCGCUUUAAUGGUUCGAUUAGUAAUGAUACUGGUGCUAAUUUGACGGCGAAUCCGACGUCCAACUUCAAGAAGUUCAUCGACUACUUCAGACGCGUCGGGAAGAAACUCCUGCACCUAGAACUCGAGAAAUCCCAAUUAAGGGACCUUCCUGAUGUAGAUGUGGUCAAAAUCAUCAAUUUGAACGCCAGUGAUGAUCGUGGUUUCAAAAGGCGGGAAAACUCUAAUCGCACUGUUGACAAUCUUGUGAUCAGAAAAAAGCACUUUCACAAAAAGUCUAGGAAUAAGGACGAGAAGAUGAUUGAAUUCUUAAGGAGCACUUACCGGAAAUUGAAGCGGAUUGAUUCUAAGCGCAGGAACAAUUCGACGAGUCACAAUAUGACUAUGCAUGAUAUCCUGAAUCUUAUGAGCAAAAAUUUCUUCCAUGUUGAUCUUGCGGAGACUCAUCGCAAUUCGACGCAUCAUGACAAUCUUCAGGUUCACAAUCAGCGAGAGUUUACCAAAUUGAAGCGCGAGUUUGAGAAGAUUAUGCGGUUUUAUAACAAGUCGUUGCGAUGGAGUGAAAAGCAUGGUAAGAAGCAUAAGGGUGGUGGUGGUGGUGAUAGGAAUGAUAGUGAUGAUUCCGGUGAUGGUGACAGUGAAUCUAACGGCAAAAAAAGAAAUAAAUCUAAAAACUACUAUCGUGGGUUCUAUGAAUUCAUUAAUGGGUAUGUUAAUGAAAAAUUGUCGAUUAUUGAAUCGGGAAAAAAUAAUAUGUCAGGUGAUCUGCUUUCGAAUAUUGAUCUGGAUAAAUUGGAUCUGAAGGGCAGCACCUUUACAGUUGGGGAAAUUUAUGCAUUUUUCAAACAUAUCAUUGAAAAAAAAUUGGAUGAUAAAGCGGAAAAGAAUGAAGUUUUGAGGAAUGAAAGCAAAAAUCUAAAUAGAACAGAAAAUAAUGGGUUGCAAACAAACGGAACAAGCUUGGUUUCUACAGAAACGACUUUGAAAGCUACUGAUCCUACAACCAGUUCAAUCAAAAUAGAAGCCAUUAAUGAUAUUCCUUUGAGGGAAAAUUCCACCGAAAUUGGAAAACAUCGCAGCAAGCGAAUUAGAAACGCUACUGACGUCAAAGAGGAUUCUAGGCAGAGCCGUAAGCUCCUUUCGGUGAAUUCAAACGGCCGAAGGAAGAUUGAUGACGAUGGUAGGAAAUUAUUCACUUUGAACGGGUUGGAUGCGCAGCAGCAGAGCCGCUCUAAAAGAUUCCUGCCUAAUGCUGAACUAGAUAAUCAAAUUAUUCUUAAAAACUUGUACUUGAACGCCUACGAGGACGAGUAUCGUGCGAAUGUUAGGAGAUCUGUUGGAAAUGAUGAAGGGAAGUUAUCUGUCGCUACGAGACGUCGUAAGGGCAAUCUUAGUUUGAGUAAGUGA